AUGUCACACUACGACCUGUUCGGCGGCGCUUGCCGCACCGCUGGUGGCAACAAGGGUUCGUAUGAUGAGCGGUGGGACCUCACGCCCAACCAGUGCCGCCAAAGGUGCGACCAGCGCGCGGCCGAAUGCGUCGCCUUCGAGCUGAUGAUGGUGGGCUCGUUUGAGCUGUGUAAGCUGCACAAGGACCCGAUAACGAGCGUGAUGCCAGUCGCGGGCGCCUCCUGCUCCGUCAAGGCGCGUUCGCACGCCCUGGUGCCGUUCCUAAUCGCGGCCUUUUCGGCACUCUCUCACCCGUGUGGCCUCCGCCUCGCAGGCGCCGCGCUCGACUGGUCCGACUUCACGGCGGCGGACCUGACCAACGCCUCGCUGCUCGGCGCCUCGGCCAAGCAGGCCCUCCUCCGCUUCGCCACCCUCUCCGGCGCUUCCCUCGUGUACGCGACUCUCUCGCGCGCCUCGCUGCACGACGCGACGCUGGAGCGGGCCUACUUGCAGCACGCGGCCGCGGACGGCGCCGACUUCACGCGGGCGAACCUGCGAGGCGCGCGGCUCAACGGAGCGCGGCUGCGAGGCGCCCGCUUCGACCGCUCCGACGUGAGCGGCGCCUCGUUCAAGGACGCCGACCUGACCGGCGCAACCUUUCACGGCGCUACUGGCCACAAGACGGCCGACUUCACGGGGGCAAUCGGCUGGGCGGAGGCGGCGCUGCUGCCUCUGCCGCGCGCCAUCGAGGGCCGCUGUAGCGGCGCGCCCUUCGGCGUGGUCGACUACUCCGACUGCGACCUGCGCAGCCUCGUCCUGACCAACGCCGACAUCGGAAAGUCGGACCUGUCUGGCGCAGACAUGACUGGCGUCCUGGCGGUGCAAGUCAAGAUCUACGAGUCGACUGCGCGCUCGCUCACCGCGAUCAACGUCGAUUUCACGCGCGCCGACUCGCAGCGCGUCGACUUCACCGCCUCACAGUUUAUGCGGAGCGACCUGACAGACGCCGACUUCACCGAGGCGACGCUCGAAGAGGUGGACUUCUCGCAGGCGGUGCUCGAGCGCGUCAAGAUUACCAGCGCGCGCAUGUCUAGCGCCGUGCUCAUGGACGUACGGAUGAAGGAGGCGAACGGGCUGCACCUCAUCGCCGACGGCGCCAACUUCCUGCGCGCCGACCUGCGGCGGGCGGAGUUUCCGCAGGCCAGCUUCCGCGGCGCGUCGUUUGUGCGCGCGGACCUGACGGGCGCCACCUUCACGGACGCCGACGUCACGGGCGCGACCUUCCAGCACGCGGCGGGGCUGGACACGGUGCAGUGGCAGAACUGCAAGGGGAUGGACUCGGCAGGCAUCGGGCACCUGCGGCCCGUCUAA